ACUCGCAGCCGUUCGCCCGAAUAGGUGAGGUGAAUCGGAUAUAAAAAAUAGGAAUUUUUCGAUAUAGAAAAACGAUGUAAAAGGGCAGAAAUCGAAGAUUAAUUGGAAAACUAUUGCCAGACUGCAACAUGAACGUGAAAAGCGCUAAUGCACUAAUAUGCUUUCUAAUGGUUCUAUUUGAAGCAUGCAAAUUGGUUGAUGGAUUAAGAAACAUUCAAGUAAGACUAGAUGUGCCUACAUCCGUUCCGCAUCGAACUUCUGAAGAUAAGAAUGAUCCUUGUAAAGCAGAUCGUAUUCUCGACAUGGCUCGAAGUCGGACGGAAAACUUCACACCCCACCACCGGCAAACUAGGCAUCGCAGGAGGCAUAGGCGAGCUGCCACCGCAGAAUCGAGGAGGAAAUGGACUUACGGAGUAAUUCCAUUCGUUAUUGACGAACAAUACAGCGGCGAACAGGCCAGUCUAUUUAAACAAGCCAUGAGGCACUGGGAGAACCUAACUUGCGUAACGUUCAUAGAAAAGGAGUACGCCCCGGAGUUUCCCAAUUACAUCUACAUAACGGUCGGCCCUUGCGGCUGUUGUUCGUUCGUCGGAAUGAAGGGCGAUGGCAGGCAGGAUCUUUCAUUGGGUAAAAGGUGCGAUAAAUUCGGUAUAGCCGUCCAUGAAUUAGGGCAUGCAAUUGGCUUUUGGCACGAACACACGAGACCCGAUCGCGACGAUUAUAUCGAUCUAUUAGAGGAAAAUGUUCAGGACGGACAAUUAUAUAAUUUCGACAAGAUGAACAAGGUGGAUGUUGAAUCAUUCGACGAGCCGUAUGACUUUGCAUCAGUCAUGCAUUAUAGCAGCUUCACUUUUUCCAAGUCAUCCCGUCUAGAGACACUCGUACCAAAGAAAAGCCAUUGGAUUGAUGGCAGACCACCAGAAAUCGGCCAAAGAUUAACAUUGAGUAACGGAGAUAUUAGACAAACUAAGAAAUUGUAUAGUUGCCCCGCUUGCGGUAAAACUCUGAUGAAUGAGAAUGGUACACUGAGUUCGCCGUUCACUGAAAAGGCCGUUCGAUGCGUCUGGCGUAUAGUCGGCUCGCCAGGAGAUAAAGUCAUCUUGAAUAUCACGCGCAUAAAUAUAAAACCUUCUGACGGCUGCCGUUACGAUUACCUGGAAGUUAGGGAGGGUUUUUAUCAUGGUUCAAAGCUAAUCGGUCGUUUUUGUGGUCGAGCUCUUCCCCCAACGAUUACUUCUUCAACAACCCGCUUGUGGGUUUCUUAUCGGGCCUCCUCGAACCGUAACGACUUCAAGGCUAAUUACGAAUUGAGAUGUGGCGGGGAUAUAGGGGGAGUAAAAGGCGAGAUAACUAGCCCCAAUUAUCCUAAUUUAUAUUUCAAUAAUAAAGAUUGUAUUUGGAGGAUAACUGUAUCAGAAAAUGCUGUUGUAGGCCUACGAAUUAAUAAUCUAAUGCUGGAGCGCCACGAGAAAUGCUUGUACGACUUCCUAGAGAUACGAGAUGGGCACUCGAAUACGUCCAAGAUUAUUGGACGAUAUUGCUCUCAUCAUCCAAAGGCAUUUGUUAUACGAUCGAGAACAAACCGUAUGUCUUUGCGAUUUGUUUCUGACGCUUCGGUAGAACAGCCUGGAUUUAGUGCCACUUAUUACGAAGAGGUAGACGAGUGCUCCGGGGCUCACGGAUGUGAAAGCAUAUGCGUAAAUACAUUGGGUAGUUACCACUGUGAAUGUCACCUAGGAUUCGAUCUCCUACCAGAUGGAAAAAGCUGUGCAUAUCGGUGUGGAGGUCGAAUAGAACAAUCAUCUGGUGUUUUACAAUCUCCCAAUUACCCAGAGCUAUACCCAACGGAAAAAACCUGCAUUUGGGAAAUAGUUGCUCCUAAGAUGUACAAGAUUACCUUAAAUUUUACCCAUUUCGAUGUGGAAGGGGUUAGCAAUUCAAACUGCACGUAUGAUAGCCUACAAAUUUUCAGCGGCAGUAUGACCGAAAAAUAUGAAAGAAAGGCGUCAUAUGUAACUGUUAAUAAUGAAAGAAAGCGUCUACCCUUUUUACAUUCGACGUUAUGCGGUUAUGUAAUACCACGACCGAUAACGUCCCUUACAAACGUUAUGACUGUAAAGUUUAAAUCAGACUAUACUAUUGCUAAAACUGGUUUUGUCGGAGUUUUUACAACGGAUUUUGACGAGUGUGAGAUAAUGAACGGUGGAUGCGGUCACGGAUGCAAAAACGUUAUAGGCUCGUAUCAAUGCUACUGCCUCCCUGGAUACGUAUUGCAUUCUAACAAACAUGACUGCAAAGAAGGUUUAUGCAAGCACGAUGUUAAUACGUCUUAUGGGCACAUUAUGAGCCACAAUUACCCGGAACCAUACGAUAGUAGGAGAACAUGCGUUUGGAAUAUUACUUGCACAAAUGGACACCGAGUAAAAUUAGCUUUUACGGAUUUCGAACUGGAGAAAAUAUCGGAUAAUAAAGUCUGCAAAUACGAUUAUAUAAAAAUUUUCGAUGGGCCUAGCGACGUUUCUUCUGAAAUAGGAAAAUAUUGCGGUGUGGAAAAACCACCUCCUAUUUUAUCAUCAUCCAACCAUAUGUUUAUUCGUUUCUUUACGGAUACAAGUGUUCAAAAGAAAGGUUUCCAUGCAAUCCAUUCGACUGUUUGCGGCGGCAAACUAUUAGCGAGCUUCGACAAAUCCCGAUUCUACUCUCACUCCACAUAUGGUGAUAACAAUUACAGUUCAAAGCAAAGCUGCGAAUGGACCAUUUAUUCGGACAUUCGUAACGCUAGAAUUAAGUUGAGGUUUGUACACUUUGACAUAGAGAAGGAUACGAACUGUAAUUACGAUUACGUCGAAUUAUAUGACGGACGAGAAAAGGGAAAAGCUUUUGGACGUUACUGCGGCAUGAACGAAAGCCGAUUGCAGAAUUUUAUAUCAUCAUCUAAUUAUAUGCUUGUUCUAUUUAAAACGGAUGACACUAUACAUAAGAAAGGUUUCGUCGCUGAAUAUUCUCUUGCUGAUGAUGCAGAUACAAUCGGGUAUCAUCACUUCUGA